AUGGAUGAAAAAAAUAAACUUGAAUUUAAAGAAUAUACUCGCUGUGCUGCAGAUAAGUCUUCUGUUUGGCAACAUUUUUUGCGGACAUCAGAUGGCCUUCAUGCUCAAUGCAAGAUGUGUAAAAAAGUAUUUAAAACCUCUGGAACAACUUCAAGCCUGCAUAAUAAUCUUAGACUUGUUCAUUCUAUCCAGUUAGCUAAAAAAACAUCUAACUAUUCACUUCCGUCAACAUCUCAAAAAGAUAUGUCAUUAGAUUCCGAUGUCAUAAUGACGCCAGCAACAAAAAAGGCUAAAACAAUAAAUGACUUUUUUCAUGUGAAGGAAGAAGAUGACUUAGAUACUAUACUUGCGAAAAUGACAGCAGUAGAUGGUGUACCAUUUAAAAUAUUCUGUUCUUCGGAAUCAAUGAGAAAGCUAUUUGGAAAAGCUGCUUACAAAGAUUUGCCUAAAUCACCAAAUACAAUAAAGAAAAAGGUUCUGAAUAAAAGUGAGCUACUGAAAAAAGAAGUAAAAAAGGAGCUUAAUGAUAUUAAGACAGCAGGAAAACAAUUGGCUAUAAGCCUAGAUGAAUGGACAAGUGCACGUAAUCGCAGAUAUGUGAACGUAAAUGUUCAUUCACCAGAGCUUUCUGAAGGUAUUAGAAACUUGGGACUGACGAAAAUAAGGGGCCGUGGAACAUCAGAGAACUGUUAUAAUAUAUUGAACAAAAAAUUGUGCGCUGUCCUGGACGUGCUAUACAAAGCUGAUAACACAGAAGGUAACACCGGUAUCACUGUUAACAGACCUUGCGAUAGCUCUGACUCUGAGGACGAAAGUGAUAUAGAGAACGAAGAUAAAAAUCGUUUUGUCACCGAAGCUUACCCCAGUGGGGUCAUUCCCAAGCUGGUUUAUAAAGAAUUGAUAACUAAAGUCCGGAAAAUAGUAAAAUUUCUCAAAGGUUCGCCUACUCGCAUGGAUAUACUCAAUUCUUACCUGGAGUCCAAAUCUAAAGACACGACACUGAUCCUCGAUUGCAAGACUCGUUGGAGCAGCCUUGCUGAUACGAGGGUGGAUUGA